AUGGCCACUGCUGCGAACCCCCCGCUUUACCUGCAUGUGACGAGCACGAACAAGGAAGGCCUGGAAAAGGCUGUGGUCCUGAUCGAUGAUCUCAUGAAGAAGGAACUUCCCAACCUGGUCGACGAACGGCGGUUCCGUCGUCGGGAACCAGAGCCGGUGGAGCGUGAUGAAUAUGGCCGUGUACGAGAAACCCGACGAGAAUGA